AUGCAAAAGGAAGCAAACAGUGCUGAGAGUCGUAAACUUGUGGUCCUCUUCUCAGCUCUACUCUUCGAGCUGAGCAUCUUGACUGUGUCGGAAAAAUGUACUGGCAUCGGAAGCGGAGACUCGAGUAGUUACUUACUUCAAGAAGUGGACCCUGCACCCCCGCCACUACAGAGUUGUGUCGCAAACAUGACAGAGGCAUGUCUGAAUGCGAACAGUGCAAUGCCCACGCCGCUGCAAAUCGCUCUCUGGAAUGGAAACCUUGAGCAGAUCCAGGAGUGUUUGAAAGAAGAUGGUCCAGAAGCCCUCGAGACGCGAGAUGCUCGUGGCAACCGAGCUUUGCAUCUGGCAUUGAAGUUUUCCCAUCGAGAUGCUGCAGCAAUUGUGAAGGCUCUGCUGGACGCUGGUGCACGUGUGCGUUCUCGAGAUUCCGAGGGCUGGAAGGCCAUUCACCACGCAGUGGUGACCGAGAACGAAGAGAUUCUACGAGUCCUGGCUCGUCGAGAGAAAGAGCAAGCACCUGCGCUGCUGCAGCAGAAGAUUGACAGCAUUUGUCCCCGUCUUGCUGACGUCCCCGAUUUCUAUAGUGAGAUGCUGGUUGAUGUCUCUACCUGGAUCCCCGGCGUCUCACGCUGGCUGCCAUCGGACACAGUAAAGAUCUGGAAGGCAGGUCAGGACGUUCGCUUUGACGUCACGUUAGUGGGCUUUGAAAACGGCAAGUGGGAUCGAGGAGACUUGUCGUUCCUGCUCCUGGGCUCUCAGGGGAAGUUUAUCUGCUUGGACAAUCAGGCCAAAACGUGUACCAAUCUGCUCGGCCUUGACACGAAGUUAUCGGAGACGGAGUUGGAUCAGAUGGUGCAUUUCUUGAUGACUACGUCGAUUGUCACGACUGACCUCGAUGCGUCCAACGUCACGUUCGAGAGGAAGUGCGCGUGGUUUUCAUCGGAGCCAAUGCUGGAGGAUAUCGGCUGCUGGAAAGACACCCGUGUAGUGGACAUGAUCGGUGUUGAGGCUUCUCUCCGAUUCCGUAAGCCGUACAACCCAUCGCAUCCACCUCCUACAAUUGCCAUCAAGCAUCCUGCAGCUUGCGAUGCCGUUUCAUUGCUAACAGAAGCGGGGUCAACGGUUGACCAGUACACUGACGUGGUGGUCAAUCCGAAUUCAAAACAUGUUGUCUCGGUGGAGGUGGCGAAGGGAGAAGAGCUGACGUGGAAGUUCACGACCAGGAAGCGCGACAUCGACUUUGGCGUUCGUUUCCGUGAACAAGAGAGUGGCGAAAAGUGGGAACAAGUAGUGCCUCUGCACCGCACUCGAGCUCAUGUGAACGAAGUGAUCGGUUCAUUCACGGCUUCCAGUGCCGGCACGGCUGUCUUGACAUGGGACAACUCACACUCGGUGAUCCGGUCGAAGCGACUGCGCUUUGCGAUGAACCAAGCACGGGAAAAGGACCAAGGGCUCGCAGAGAGCAGGGGCUGGGACGCGCGAAGCAGAGCGAAAGAAGAGGAAAUUUCGUUUACCGACUGGUUCGGGGUGGCAAUCGAGAGCUUACCGGACUCGCUUCGUGCUCUGCGUCCACAUCGCUGCGUCUUGGCGUAUGCUCAGCCCUCGUGCCGCAAGAUCACCAAGUCGUUUCCGGCCACUGUCUACAUGAGCGAUCAGUUCCCGCUCAGCGUAUCGGAGUUUCUGCCGGUGAUCGAGGUGCUCUCGAGAACUACGAGUGCUUUCGAGAGUGUGCAGACGUUUUUCUCGGCGGCGCACACUGACGGGCUGUUCCCCGUUCAAUUUUGCUUCCCGCUAGUCCCUUCGGUAUCAGCAACAUUCCGCUUCGACCGCAUAGAGCUGCAAGCUCCAGAUGCCCGUAAGUUUGUCGUCCCCAGCUCCUACUCUAUGCGUGGCGAAGACUUGCUCUCUCCGCGCACGCACCAGGUAGUGCUGCAGCGUCUGACAGCGACCUAA